GGCGACAGCGAAGGCCCCCGGCAGCUGCUUCUCCCGCCCCCUCCGCCUUAGAAGGCUGGCUAAGUCCCUCCCGCUCCGGGCUCUCCGCCUCACUAGCAGCGGCUCUCCGUGCAGCGGGGACGGGGUGAAGCGGCCUGCGCCCACGGAGCGCACACCACAGCCCAGAACGCACCGCCACCCUUGCUCCCUCAGCCGCCCACUCGGAAACUCCUGCGGCUUCUGCUCGCGCACGAUGCCCUCGGCCACCAGCCACAGCGGAAGCGGCAGCAAGUCAUCGGGACCGCCACCCCCGGCGGGGUCCUCCGGGAGUGAGGCGGGGGCCGGGGCAGCGGCGCCGGCUUCUCAGCACCCCGCUACCGGCACAGGCGCCGUCCAGACCGAGGCCAUGAAGCAGAUUCUCGGGGUGAUCGACAAGAAACUUCGGAAUCUGGAAAAGAAAAAGGGCAAGCUUGAUGAUUACCAGGAACGAAUGAACAAAGGGGAAAGGCUUAAUCAAGAUCAACUGGAUGCAGUUUCUAAAUAUCAGGAAGUCACAAAUAAUUUGGAAUUUGCAAAAGAAUUACAGAGGAGUUUCAUGGCAUUAAGUCAAGAUAUCCAGAAAACAAUAAAGAAGACGGCACGUCGAGAGCAGCUUAUGCGAGAAGAAGCAGAACAGAAACGUUUAAAAACUGUACUUGAGCUACAAUACAUUUUGGACAAAUUGGGAGAUGAUGAAGUACGAACUGACUUGAAACAAGGUUUGAGUGGAGUGCCGAUACUGUCUGAAGAAGAAUUAUCAUUGUUGGAUGAAUUCUACAAAUUAGUGGACCCUGAACGGGACAUGAGUUUGAGAUUGAAUGAGCAGUAUGAACAUGCCUCAGUUCACCUGUGGGACUUACUGGAAGGCAAGGAAAAAACUGUAUGUGGAACAACCUAUAAAGCUCUAAAGGAAAUUGUUGAGCGUGUUUUUCAGUCAAAUUACUUUGAUAGUACCCACAAUCACCAAAAUGGUUUAUGUGAGGAAGAGGAAGCAGCCUCAGCACCCACAGUUGAAGAACAGGUAGCUGAAGCUGAACCUGAGCCAGCAGAGGAAUAUACUGAACAAAGUGAAGUUGAAUCAACAGAGUAUGUCAAUAGACAAUUCAUGGCAGAAACACAGUUCAGCAGUGGCGAAAAGGAGCAGGUAGAUGAGUGGACAGUUGAAACAGUUGAGGUGGUAAAUUCACUCCAGCAGCAACCACAGGCUGCAUCUCCUUCAGUACCAGAGCCCCACUCUUUGGCUCCAGUGGCACAGGUAGAUCCCCUUGUGAGAAGACAGCGAGUACAAGACCUUAUGGCGCAAAUGCAGGGGCCUUAUAAUUUCAUACAGGAUUCAAUGUUGGAUUUUGAAAACCAGACACUUGAUCCUGCCAUAGUAUCUGCACAACCCAUGAACCCUACACAGAACAUGGACAUGCCCCAACUGGUGUGUCCUCCAGUUCAUUCUGAAUCUAGACAUGCUCAACCUAAUCAAGUUUCUGUACAACCGGAAGCUACACAGGUUCCUUUGGUUUCAUCCACAAGUGAGGGAUAUACCUCUUCUCAGCCCUUGUACCAGCCUUCCCAUGCUCCAGAGCAACGACCACAAAAGGAACCAAUGGACCAGAUUCAGGCCACAAUCUCUUUAAAUACAGACCAGACUACAGCAACAUCAUCCCUUCCUGCUGCGUCUCAGCCUCAAGUAUUCCAGACUGGGACGAGCAAACCUUUACACAGCAGUGGGAUCAAUGUAAAUGCAGCUCCAUUCCAAUCCAUGCAGACGGUGUUCAAUAUGAAUGCCCCCGUUCCUCCUGUUAAUGAACCAGAAACUUUAAAACAGCAAAAUCAGUACCAGGCCAGUUAUAACCAGAGCUUUUCCAAUCAACCUCAUCAAGUAGAACAAACAGAGCUUCAGCAAGAACAGCUUCAAACAGUGGUUGGCACUUACCAUGGUUCCCAGGAUCAGUCCCAUCCAGUGACUGGUAACCACCAGCAGCCUCCGCAGCAGAACACUGGAUUUCCACGUAGUAGUCAGCCCUACUAUAAUAGCCGUGGUGUGUCUCGUGGAGGCUCCCGGGGGCCCAGAGGCUUGAUGAAUGGAUACCGGGGCCCUGCCAAUGGAUUCAGAGGUGGCUAUGAUGGUUACCGCCCUUCAUUCUCUAACACUCCAAACAGUGGUUAUACGCAGUCUCAAUUCAGUGCUGCCCGGGACUACUCUGGCUAUCAGCGGGAUGGAUAUCAGCAGAAUUUCAAGCGAGGCUCUGGGCAGAGUGGACCACGGGGAGCCCCACGAGGUAAUAUUUUGUGGUGGUGAUCCUAGCUCCUAAUUGGAGCUUCUGUUCUGGCCUUGGAAGAGAGCUGUUCAUAGUCUGCAUGAAGGUUAUAUGUUAGGAAUACAUUUAUCCUUUCUAGACUUGUUGCUAGGGAUUAAAUGAAAUGCUCUGUUUCUAAACUUAAAUCCAAAUUUUAAUUUUUUGAAUGAUAUUCCCUGUUACUAUAUAUACUGUCUUGAAAAUUAAAACAUUUUCUCCUUGUUAGAAAAAGUGUUUUUCCAACUGGAAAUUAUUUUUAAGGGCCAAAAACCUGCUAAAUGUUUUUAGGAAGUACUUACUGAAACAUUUUUGUAAGACAUUUUUGGAAUGAGAUUGAACAUUUAUAUAAAUUUAUUAUUCCUCUUUAAUUUUUGAAACAUGCUUAUUAUAUUUUAGUGCCAGAAACCUUUUAAUGGCCAGAAAAGGUGUAGUAGUUAUAUUUAGAGAACCAUUUAGAAGCGAUAGAACAAAUUGAACUUUCAUUGCCUUUUGGGCAAAAUUACAUAAUAGUAUGUUAUUUCUGGUUUGUAAACAAAAUCCUUAACUUCCAAACUAAUG